AGGGAAAAAAAACAACUUCUGCACCUGAUUUCUUUGGUCCUACACCAGUUGAAAGGGAAUCCAGGAAAACAUUUGCUAAUGAAAGAAAACAGGUGAAUAACUAACUACACUUUUUUCACCCAUUAUUUUUUUUGUAAAGAAAAAUUCAGGCAUCAUGCAUUUAACAAGGAAAACUUUAAACCUCACCAUACCUUGCCUUUCUAUAAAAUUCAUGCGUCAUAUGUUAAUUUUGGGCUUCAUCAUGUAUUUCUUGUAAACCCUCUGCCAAUCUCUUAUACAGUAGUUAUAUCAGAAUGGACUACGGUUCACACAUACCAUGCCACAAAAUUAACGGAUAUAAUGACCAAUGUUUGAGUCAUGCAUUAUUUAAUCAUAUUCAAGAUACUUUGUGGAUGGGGAGAGGAGAUGUUGGAGAAUAGUUUUGGCAAAAACAACACCAUGGGGUCCCUGAAAGGGAUAAGUUCUUUUGCUCUUAAGAUAUCUAAAUCAACUCUCUUCACUGUCUGUCACACAAGUGUUAUGAAAAUAUCUUUGAGAAUAUGUUGUUCAAUCAAUAAAUAUCCUCUUGUCUGAGGAUUUUCCUUCCUAUAUUACAUUGCUGUUUGACUGUGAAUUGGUAUUGUUAUGAGAAAUUAGAAAAUUGAUCACUUUUGAGAGUGCAAAUUUUAAGCUUGAUCCAGAGCUCAACCCACUUAAUGAUCAUCCCUUAAUUCCUUGUAGAGCAAGUCAAUAAUUUUUUAUCCUUUUUCAUUUCCCACAAAGAUCUGACAAGUCUGAAGAAAAUGAAGACUCCAGAGUGAAUAGAAAAGAAGAGUAUAAAAAUGGGAGAGAAAAAGAAGGAAGAGAAAAUGGGAAUGUCAACCAUCACACAACAGAGCAACCAUCAAAGAAAAGAAAGGAAGACUUCUCAGAAUCAAAGUCUGAGGUUAAAAAGCCUUCCCCUGAGAAGAAAAAG